AUGAAAAUUCACCCUGUGUUUCACAUUUCUCUUCUCAGGCCAGUGAUUCCGGGACCCCUAGACGGAGGCGUCGCAGAGCCUUCGAUCCCCGGGGCUGUGGAAAUAGCGGGUGCCCCGGCGUAUCGAGUAAAAGAGUUGUUGGACUCUCGGAGGAGAGGGGGCUCCCUCCAGUAUUUGGUGGAUUGGGAGGGGUACGGCCCGGAGGAAAGGAGCUGGGUCCCGGCUCGGGACAUUAUGAGUAGGGAACUCAUAACCGAUUUCCAUCAAGCCCGGCCGGAUCGCCCAGCACCACGACCUCCGGGUCGACCCACCCGCCGGCAAUUCCAUCAGGCCGGACUGAGAGGCGUCUGCAGGAAAGGGUCCCGGCCGAGGUUUUCUAACUGCCGCCGUCACGGUCAAGUUCAAAGCUGAGUGACUCUCAGUACGCCGGGGUUUUCGGCCUCGCCACUGCGGCUUAAGUUUGUUUAUG